AUGACCAUCAACCCACGCCGUGCACAGCUCCAGGUUUCCCUUGGCUUUCUUCCCAACCGAUGCUGUUUUUACGUGAUGCUAUCCGCGCGUGUUACAGAAAUUGGGACUCAUGGAUUUCGCGAAACUAUCCUCCACAAGAUGAACCCUCGUUCUCGUGGUGCCAUUGGGGUACUCGCCAUCAUCACCUUCACCGCAAUGGCUACCCUCAGUCCUUCGGUUUUCUGCUCGUUUGACAACAGCGGGGGGACUGCUCUGUAUGGAAGAGCCCGCUCCGCUCCGUUCUGGUCUGUCUCUUAA